AUGCCUGAGGCCGGGCGGCCGCGGGGCUGUCUGCGGGAAGCGCUUCCCUCCCGGGGCUCGCCGUCCAUGUGCCCGCAGCCGGCGGGGCCUGGAGUCGGGAUGAAUUUCGGCGUGGUCUUCGCGUUCAUCCUCUCGCUGCCCCUGGCCCGCAUGGAGGGGGACCCCAUACCCGAAGACAUUUAUGAGAUUUUGGGUGGCAGCUCAGUGCGCUCCAUCAGUGACCUCCAGCGCGCCCUGCGGAUAGACUCCGUAGAGCAGGACAGCUCGAGCCUGAGCCUGAAUGCAUCUCAGCCUGAUCAAAACCCUGUGGCCCUGUCUCGAGAGCGACGAAGCCUAGAUGCUCUGGCAGCAGCAGAGACAGCAGUCCUGGCCGAGUGCAAGACACGGGAGGUGGUCUUCGAAAUCUCCCGCAACAUGGUGGACAGCACCAACGCCAACUUCGUGGUGUGGCCGCCCUGCGUGGAGGUGCAGCGCUGCUCCGGCUGCUGCAACAACCGCAACGUGCAGUGCCGCCCCACGCAGAUCCGCGUGCGGCACGUCCAGGUGAACAAGAUCGAAUUUGUCCAGAGGAAGCCAAAGUUCACAAAAGUCGUUGUGCCUUUGGAGGACCACGUGCAGUGUCGGUGUGAAGCCGUGUUCCGACCACCCCCCAGGAACAUCCGGCCCGGGCCACGUGAACAGAGACGCUUGUCCCCGGCGUUCACCACAGCCGCUGUCUCACAGAGGCGGCGAGUGCGCCGGCCGCCGGCACAGAAGAGGAAACAUAAGAAGUACAAGCAUGUCAACGAUAAGAAAGUGCUGAAAGAAAUCCUCAUAGCAUAGAAGUGCUGGCAGGGGAGAGAGAGCACAAGGUUUAUUUAAUAUAUUUGCUGUAUAGCCCCCAUGGGGUCCUUGGAAUGAUAACUUUUCCUCUCUGUCCAUCUGCCUCGACGUCUGAUUCAGACGGCAAUUGGUGCUUCCCUUUCCAUCAGUGGACCUUCUCCCACCAAAGCCUCCCUUUCAUUUAUUAGCCUCAUUUUAAAGUUUAACACACACACACACACAAAAGGACAAGGAUGACCUACAUAUAUAUAUAUAUAUGAGAGAAGAACAAAGUACAAAUAAAAGCGUGAAUGCCAACAGCCACAGCUUGCGAUGAGAACAGGACAAUUCCUUCCCUGCUGCGGAGGACAGGAUGGAAAAUGUGAAAAGGAAAGCAGGUCCAAUUUCUUCCGAGAAAAGGAGAAAAACAGAUGGACAGAGGCCAGAAGGGGAAUAUUCUCCCUUUCCCUCAUGCUUCUGGUAAGGCUGGGAGGGCCCAGCUGAGAUCUACUCUUGCACUGGACCUACCUUUUGGCAACAGGCAAAUCUCAGAUUGCGAGCGGCGACCAAUGAUGGAAAAUGCACUAAGGACUUUCAUCGCCCUACCUGGACAGAGAUAUAUUUUUAACGUGCGUGUGUAUAUUUUAUUUUUAAAAAGAAAAACCAAAACCACUAAGGUAUACAACAUCUCGGGGAACAGAACAAACAAGCAAAGAAACAAAACAAAGAAGCCAAAUGCAUUCCCCCACUCCCUCUUUUCCCUGCUCCUGGUGCUGACUGGAAGGUGUUUGGAUCGUGGGGAAGGAGCACAAGGUGGCAGAAUCGUCUCCACGCCCCCGGCCCCUGCCAAGGAGAGCCAUCUUUGCACAUGCUGGUGGAGAAUUCAACUUUCCAGGCUUGGACUCAAAUUAUUUUUUAAAUUCACUCUGGAUGUGUGCGUGUGUAUAUGUGUGUGUGUGUAUAUAUAUAUAUAUAUAUACGUGUGCAUGUGUGUGCGUGUGUAUGUGUAUUUAUACAUACAUAUAUAAAAAAUAUAUAUAUAUAUGUUCUUAAAUGGAUUUCAUUCCCCGGUGGCAGGAAGCUCAGAGGCACGUGUGUGCAUCGGCUUCGCUGGGCUGGCAGAAAAGCACACUGUUACUGCAACGUGCCUGCGAGGCCGGGACGGGGCAGGCAGAGGCAUCAUCUGAUCUCUCUCUUUCUUGUUACCCUUUUCUCCCACUCUGCACCAACCCCCCCUCCCCAGCACAACUUCCUUGCAGGAGGUGAAGUGGCACCACAACAAGACCAAGGACAGCCAAACUUAGAAGCAUGACUUAAUCUCAGUGAGCUGUCCUUGCCUGCUCUGUGGUCUUGAAAGCAGAAUCAUGUCAUUCCCAUGAGGUUUUUAACCCCUUCGUGGGUGUCCUGCACUCUAUGCCCCCACUAAUCUUUCCCUGCCAAUGUUGCCAACCCACUGAGCUUGGAAGUUGAUCCAUGAUGGGGACAGCUCUGUGUAGGUAUAGAGAAAGAAAUGAGGAUGGUCUUCACAGGUGGCAGGAGCCACCUGAGACAGAAAUGAGCUCUUCUGAGUGAGGAGGACCCAUAGAACAUCUGGAGGGUCAGUUGCAGAGUCACUCCCGGGCCACUGCCUGUCUUUGAGGAGGGAGCAGGACUGUGUGGGCAAGGGCUGGUUUUGCACAGGUAAUAGUCAGUAACCAUUAGCAGAACUGUUACAUGUGAUGGGCAUUCCCAGCAUCACCUUGGAGUCGGGGUCUUGGAUUGUGCUGUGCUGGGUGCUGCAUACAUGAAGAAAAUGCCUGCCCGGAGCAAUCACAUGGCACUUCUCCCCUCGCACACACCCCUGCUGUGGGAUACAGCUCUGGAGGGACAUGGGGAAAGUAGCCAAAGGCACAGCCUGGGAGCUGUUACGAGUUGUGGAGGGAGCCAUUCCUCACCUCCUGCAAGCCCAGAGCACUUCUCGUACCACUGCCAAAGCAGCACGUUGCUCCCUCCCUCCCUCCAGCCCCAAGCCCUCAAGUCUUAAGACACUUUCUUACCCUGUUCCAAAAAAAUCUGUUUCUUUUGGUUUGUAAAUAUGGUGAGGUUUUGUUUUAUUUUAUUUUAAAUUUUUUGCCUUUU